CCCAACUCAGGAAGAAACAGGACUACCGACUACCCAGUGUCUUCUUCCUCUCCGAUCCCCAAUCUCUUGCCUUCGCACCCUAAUUUGAUCCUUCUCCUUCCUUGGAACACGCCGCGCCUCCGGGUCUCCGGCGACGGGGACACAGACGCAAAGCUCACCUCACGCGUGGCUGCCGCCCCCGCGUCUUCGUCUCUCGCCGCCGUCCGCCGUGACCAAAGCCGCCUCAAUCCCGUCCUCGCACCAAAGCACGCCUGCUACCUCGACGCGGAACUUCUCUCCCCCCCUAGGAUCUGUGUGGAGUGGAGAUCCACCGACGCGCGAUCCAUUUUGCUGUCAGAUUUGGGGGUUGAACUGAAAACCUCCAUGCUGCGCACCAAGUCCGCCCGGGGGAACACGUCGGCCGUUGUCGUCGUGUUAGACACAAAUGAGGUGUACAUUGUGGUUAGCUUGUCCACAGCAGGCGACACCCAGGUGAUCUGCGUCGACCCAACCACAGGCGCGCUGCGCUACCAGGGGAAGCGGGGGGAGGACCUCUUUGAUUCCGAGGCAGCGGCUUUGAACCACAUCACCAACGGAUCGAGAUUUCUAUCCAAGAGCACCACGUAUGCUAAAGCUGUGCUGGGGUAUGCUGUGUUAGGAAGCUAUGCUCUGCUUCUCGUCGCAACGCAGCUCAGCGCGACUGUCCCAGGCCUACCUGGAGGUGGCUGCAUAUAUACCGUGGUGGAGAGUCAGUGGAUAAAGAUCCAGCUGCAGAACCCUCAGGCCCAGGGGAGCGGAGAGCUCAAGAAUGUCAAGGAAUUGGCUGAUCUUGACAUUGAUGGCAAGUACUACUUUUGUGAAACAAGGGAUGUUACGAGGCCGUUUCCAAGUCGGAUGGCUCUUCAGGAACCAGAUGAGGAAUUCGUGUGGAAUGGUUGGUUAUCGAGGCCUUUCAAGGACAUCGGUUUGCCAGGACACUGUGUCAUUCUGUUGCAGGGUUUCGCUGAGUGCCGCAGUUUUGGAGGCACGGGCCAGCAAGGCGGGCUGGUUGCUCUCCUUGCACGCCGUAGUCGGUUACACCCUGGAACCCGCUACUUGGCUCGUGGCCUAAAUGCAUGUUCUGGCACCGGCAAUGAAGUAGAGUGCGAGCAGCUUGUUUGGGCCCCUCAGAAGGGUGGACAAAUAAUCCCUUUUAGCUCAUACAUCUGGCGGCGUGGAACUAUACCCAUAUGGUGGGGCGCAGAAAUAAAAAAUGCUGUGUCAGUUGAAGCAGAAAUUUAUGUUGCUGAUGAUCCUUAUAAUGGGACUUUGCAGUACUACCAGCGCUUGGGUAGAAGAUACGGUAAUAAAUCAUCUGAAGCCAGUGCGACGAGGCAGAAGAAACCUGGAAUGGUUCCCAUUGUGUGUGUGAACUUGCUAAGAUAUGCUGAAGGAAAACCUGAGACAAUUCUAGUUGAGCAUUUCAAAGAAUCUCUGAAGCACCUCAAGUCUACUGGCAAGCUUGGAAACACCUGGAUUCAGUUGAUAAAUUAUGACUGGCAUGCCACUGUGAAGUCAAAAGGGCAACAGCAGACAGUUGAGGGCCUUUGGAGACAUCUUAAAGCACCAGCAAUGGCCAUUGGCUUCAGUGAAGGGAAUUACUAUAGUGUAAAGCAGCAGCUUAAGGAAUGCAAAGGAUCGAUUAUCUACAAUGAUGAUGGUGGGUUCUGCAUGGAAUCAAUUCAAAAUGGGGUCGUACGCUUUAAUUGUGCAGACUCGCUUGAUCGCACCAAUGCUGCUAGCUAUUUUGGUGCACUUCAAGUUUUUGUUGAACAGUGUAGUCGACUUGGUAUCUCCCUUGAUAUAGAUGCAAUGUUUGGAUUGUCCGCCAGCAGAUAUUCUGAACAUAACGGUCGGAGUGCUCGGUCUUUGCCCCCUGGAUGGGAGGAACGCUUUGAUUCUGUAACAGGUAAAUCAUUUUACAUUGAUCAUAAUACACGUAGUACCUCGUGGGAGCAUCCAUGCCAGGAGGCUCCACAAAAGCCCUGGAAGAGAUUUGAUAUGACAUUCGAGCAGUUCAAGAGCUCAACAAUGCUUACCCCAGUGAACCACCUUGCGGAGAUUUUUCUUCUGGCUGGUGAUAUCCAUGCCACCUUGUACACUGGCUCAAAAGCUAUGCACAGCGAGAUUCUGAACAUAUUCAAGGAGGAGACUGGAAAGUUUGGUAAAUUCUCAGCUGCUCAGAAUGUCAAGAUUACACUGCAAAGAAGGUUCCACAAUUAUAUGAAUGAUAGUUCUCGUCAAAAACAGUUUGAGAUGUUUCUUGGAUUGAGGCUAUAUAAGCAUCUCCCAUCCAUCCCUAUUUUUCCUCUCAAAGUGCUGUCAAGGCCAUCUGGAUGCAUGCUGAAACCAGUCCCUAGUAUCACUCCAAUGGCUGAUGGUGGCUCCAGUCUUCUCAGCUUCAAAAAGAAGAAUCUUACUUGGGUAUGCCAGCAAGGUGCAGACUAUGUUGAGCUUUUUAUAUACCUUGGAGAACCUUGUCAAGUUUCUCAGCUUCUUCUUACUGUCUCCCACGGUGUUGAGGAUUCUUCGUAUCCAGCUACUGUAGAUGUUAGAGUUGGUUCCAGCAUAGAUGCCCUUAAGCUUGUUCUCGAGGGCGCUUGCAUUCCACAGUGCUCAAAUGGAACAAAUUUGUUGAUCCCUCUCACUGGAAGAAUUGAUCCAGAGGACUUGGCUGUAACAGGUAAAAGUGCUCGACCGGAUGUUCAAGAGAGCACUUAUCUUCCUUUGUUAUACGACUUUGAAGAGCUGGAAGGAGAAGUCAACUUUUUAAAUCGGGUUGUCGCAUUAUCUUUUCAUCCGUCUGCCAUGUCGAGAACACCCAUCACGCUUGGUGAGAUUGAAGUACUUGGUGUUUCUCUUCCAUGGGAGGAUAUGUUGACCAACAGUAAAUGUAUUGCUCAAAUUUUGGAGCUCACUCAUGAAAAAACAUACGAUCUAGGUUUGAAGGAUGUUGCAAAUUCUUCCUCUCCUAAGAGUGAUGUUCGUGGUAGUGAGAGAACUUGUACUGGAAGUUCGCUAUCAGUUCAACCAGGUGGUUCUGGAAACUUCGUGGAUUUUCUCACUGGUGAUAUUGUCAUAUCAAACCAAUCAAAAGUCACUGCAAAUACAUCAUUUGGCUAUGAGGAAGGGGCAAACUUCUUUGACGAUGAAUUUGAUGUUAACCCUUUUGCCAGUACAUCAGAAGAGCCUGUUGCUGAAGUGAAUAGCCAGGUUGAAGAUCGUGGCAGCACACAGUUUUAUCUCGAGUAUUUGGAAUUACUUUCUGGAAAUAAUAAGGGGAAGAGCCUUAAUUUUGAGCAGAUGAUGAAGCUUGAAAUAAAACGUCUUUAUCUUGAUCUUUCUGCUGCUGAAAGGGACCGUGCAUUGUUAUCGAUUGGCGUAAUUCCUGCCACAGUAGAUCCAAAUCGUUCAGUUGAUUACUCCUACCUGUUGAAGUUGUCCACCUUUGCUGAUAGGCUAGCAUUGCUGGGGCAUGCUGUCUUCGAGGAUCGUGCUAAUGCUUCUAUAGGGCUCGAAAAAGUCAGUGGCCAUGCUAUAGACUUCUGGAAUAUCAGUGAAAAUGGUGAAUCAUGUUCUGGUGGGGCAUGCGAAGUCUGUACUGUAUCUUCGUUAAAAGCUUCAGCUACUAGUGGAAAUGCAUCUCUAUUUGUGGAGUGCUCCCAGUGUGAAAGAACAGCUUGCAAGGCUUGCUGUGCUGGGAAAGGGGCUUUUCUUUUGCUUAGCAAUACUUACAGAGAUCUGAAGAUGUAUGGUGGGAGUCAAGGUGGUGGCUAUUCAGCCCUCGCAGAUAGUUCUGUGUGCAAAUCAUGCUGCAGUGAGGUGAUCAAACAUGCACUGUAUGUGGAUUAUAUCAGAGUUCUUCAUAGUUUGCGAAGAAAAGGUCGUGCAGAGAAAGCAGCUCUGAGAGCGGUGAAUCAGGUCUGCCAACUUGAGCCCAGUAGAGUAGCUGAUUCAUCACAUAGUGCUCAAUCUGGUCAGGAACAAUUGAAGCAGCUCCUCGAUGAUGAAGAAUCUCUUGCAGAAUUUCCACAUGCAAGCUUUUUACAUAUGGUAGAAACUGCUGGUGACUCUGCACCACUGUUUUCAUUAUUGGCACCACUUGGCAGUGGAGCGUACAGGUCCUACUGGAAAGCUCCACAGGGCAACACAACUGUGGAGUUCCCGGUUGUUCUUAGCGGUUUAUCAGAUGUUUCUGGAGUUGCAAUAAUUGUCAGUUCCUGUGGUUACUCAUCAUCUGACUGCCCAAUUGUGGAGAUAUGGGCUAGUGAUAAAAUACAACGAGACGAUCUUACAUGCAUAGGAAAGUGGGAUGUACAAGACAUGAUUGUGUCAUCUCCACAGCUUUGUGGACCUGAAAAUUCAAGUAGCUUGGAUGAGGCACCAAGACACAUUAAACUACACUUCCCAAAUCCUAUCCGCUGUCGCAUAAUUACAAUAAAAAUGACACUUCCCCCGAAUGGUUCUCGCUCAACCAUGUUUAAUGAAGAAUUUGAUCUUCUUUCUUUGGAUGAAAGCUCGUUUAUUGAAUCUAAGCCAAGAAGUGCACAGAAUUCAUUCAUCCAUGCAAAAAGGAUUGUUGUUUUUGGUAGCUCUUUGCCAAAGGAGAUGGGUCCUGACACAUCUGCGGGAUUAAUGAGGAUGAGAAGUUGUUUAGAUGGAUCACCAUCAUUGGGCAGAUUUAGGAUUCCAGUUGAGGCGGAGAGGUUGACAGACAAUGAUCUUGUUCUUGAGCAAUAUCUCUUACCCAAUUCUCCUGGAAUAGCUGGAUUCCGCCUUGAUUCCUUCAGUGUUAUAAGGCCUCGAGUAACCCAUUCACCUUUGCCAUCAGAGUCGGAUAUGAGAGAGUUUUCAUUGACACGUAUGGAAGAUAGACAUGUAAAUCUUGCAAUUCUUCAUAUACAAGUCACAGUUGUCCAGGAGUCUGGCAAGCUGGUUGUAGAGGAAUACCGUCUACCAGAAGUUAAAGCAAACACACCACUAUAUUUUGAUUUUCUGGAUUUACAGCAGGAUUGCCGUUGUGUUAUCUUUAGAUUACUUGGGGAUGUCACCGCCUUUGUUGAUGAUAUUGCUGACAUUGAUGGCUUAAAUUUGCGAAAUCUUCCUUUAGCUUCUGGAUUAUCUUUGUCAAAUAAGGUCAAGCUGUAUUACUAUGCUGAUACCUAUGAGAUGGGAAAGAUCGGCAGUCUCUCAGCAGUAUGAUAUAUAAGAGGCUGUACACGCCAUCAUGGAAUUGUUCACGGUUGGUACACUGGUGUUGUAAACUAUUACUUGUGGUUCGAUCAUGGAAUUGUUCACGGUUGGUACACUGGAAUUGUUCACGAUACUGCAAUUGAUCCCACAAUAACUUCAUAACGUUCUGUAAUUCCUGCUUGAUCAUGCAGUGAUACAUGCUGAUGACCCUUGGGAUAUUAACUGUAGAAUAUAUAGAAAUUCUUUAUUGGCAGUAGAAUGUCUGUAAAUUGAAGAUCCAGUUCUUUUUGUAGAAUGUUUGAGAAAUCAACGUGAUUGCACCUUUUGAAGGUGCCAGAUACAAUUCGUCAAUGCAUAUAUGAAACCUGUAUAGGAUCAGGUGCUAAAUUUUGUAAGAGGUUUAAACAACUAUUUUGAGCACUGAAUUUUUCCA